GAGCUUAGAAAAUUAUUGAAUUUUAAUCUUAGACUUCACCGUUUACAAAAACAAUACCACCAUCGAUGAAUCGACAUAGGGUCACCCUCAUCCUAAUAAAUAAAUGAAUUAGAUACUACAUCUAGGGAAUCGAAUAAUGCAUAAUAUUUAUCUCAAAUUGACCAAGAAUUUAAUUUCAACUAUUAAUAGAUUGGGCUUAUACAAAACCUCGUAGUAUUGGGCCAUAUUUUUUAACUUGCAAUCUACAUUUUGAUCGCAACAAAUUCAGCUGCAAAACUUUCAGAUUCAGUUAUUUUAACUUGCAAUCUACAUUUCUCUCGAAAAAAUUAAUCUCAUCGCUUGCAGCAAUGGCCACGUUUCUCAGUCAUGAGACUUGCCCUACUAUAAAGAACAUACUUUUGCUGGAUUCCGAGGGGAAGCGCAUUGCAGUUAAGUACUACUCAGAUGACUGGCCGACGAAUGCUGCAAAGCUUGCAUUCGAAAAAUCUGUUUUUACAAAGACUCAAAAAACCAAUGCUCGGACUGAAGCGGAGAUAACAAUGCUGGAGAACAACAUAAUCGUGUAUAAGUUUGUUCAAGAUCUGCACUUCUUUGUGACUGGGGGAGAUGAUGAAAAUGAGCUGAUCCUAGCUACUGUUCUACAAGGAUUCUUCGAUGCAAUCACCCUUCUCCUUAGGAACAAUGUCGACCAAAGAGAGGCGCUUGAGAACUUGGAUAUGAUUCUCUUAUGCCUUGAUGGAAUCGUGGAUGGAGGGAUUAUUCUCGAAACAGACGGUAGUAUUAUUGCUGGAAAAGUAGCCAUCCAUAGCAUGGAUGAUGGUGCACCAUUGUCAGAGCAGACAAUAUCUCAGGCACUGGCCACUGCACGCGAGCAUCUGACAAGAUCGCUUCUGAAAUGAAGCAAUUUCACACCAGCUAAGCGCGAUUAUUUUGAUGAUAUUCUCUGGUAUUAUAGUUUUUCAUGCUUAUGAUUCAUUAUUCGAGUACCAUAUAAUCUUCUUUGGCCAUCAAAACAUAGUACCAUGAAAUCGAAAACUACUUGUGUGAAAUAUUUUGGAGGCCUCUUUGUGCAGAGAAUGGCAUCUCCUAUAGCAUGUGUUGUUCAGUUUGAGAAUAACAGUCUUUUUGUUCAUGGAAACCUUAGUAUAAGUUUUGGGAGAUUGUACAAAUCCACCCAUGUAAGAACUCGGUUGAACAGAACCCCCUUUAUACGAUAGUAUAUUAAAUUAUUAUAUCUA